CCCAGGCACCAUGGGGGCCCACCUGCUCUUCCUUGGCAUUCUCCUGGUGCUGCCCCGACCGGCCCCAGCCCCCUGCUUCACAGCUGGACCUUCAGAGUGCAAACAGCAGCUCAGCUUUGUGCCGGGUGCAUGGCUGGCGGGGGAAGGUGUGGACGUGACCAGCCUCCGCCGCUCACGCUCCUUCUCUGUGGACACCCAGAGGUACCUGCGGCCAGAUGGCACCUGUACCCUCUGUAAAAAUGCCCUGCAGGGAAACACUGUUCAGCUGUUGCCCCUGGCGCUGGACCACUGGCGUGCAGAGGGCCCUGGCUGCCAGCGCCAUGUGUCCAAGGCCAAGGUCAGCUCCACAGAGAAUGUAGCCAGUGACUCGGCUUCCAAAAUCACCAAUGACUGGAAGGUGGGGCUGGAUGUGUCCCAUUCCGUCGGCAACUUGCACGUGUCCGUGGCUGGCUCACACUCCCAGGCAGCCAACUUCGCAGCUGAGAAGAGCCACAAUGACCAGUACAGCUUCAGCAUGGACAAGGUGGAGUGCCGCCUGUACAGUUACCGCCUGGUGCACACCCCCCCACUCCACCCCGACUUCAGGAAAGCCCUCCGGGACCUGCCUCCCCACUUGAACUCCUCCACCGAGCCUGACUACCACAGGCUCAUCUCCAGCUUCGGCACACACUUCAUCCGGGCUGUGGAGCUGGGUGGCCGCAUCUCGGCCCUCACCGCCCUGCGCACCUGCGAGCUGGCCCUGAACGGGCUCACGGCUGACGAGGUAGGCGACUGCCUGACAGCCGAGGCCCAGGUCAGCAUUAGCAGCCACUCCAGUGCCUCAUCUGAAUACAAGGCCUGUGAGGAGAAGAAGAAGAAUCACAAGAUGACAACCUCCUUCCACCAGGCCUACCAUGAGCGCUUCUUUGAAGUGGUUGGCGGGCAACAAGAAUCCAUGUAUGAUCUGUUGUUCGGAAGCAAGGCUGGGCCUGAGAAGUUCUCCGCCUGGGUGGCCUCACUGCGCAGGAAGCCUGGCCUUGUAGACUACAGCCUGGAGCCCCUGCAUGUGCUGCUGGAAAAGCAGAAUCCGCGACGGGAGGCGCUGAGGCAGGCAGUGAGCAGGUACCUGAUGGGCAAGGCACGCUGGAAGGACUGCAGCCGGCCCUGCCCGCCAGGGCAGCAAAAAAGCCCCCACGACCCGUGCCAGUGUGUGUGCCACGGCUCAGCGGUCAGCACCAAGGACUGCUGUCCAAGUCAAAGGGGCCUGGCCCGGCUGGAGGUGUUUAUAGUCCAAGCUAAGAACCUGUGGGGGGACUGGAUCACCGCUACGGAUGCCUACGUGAAGGUCUUCUUUGGCAAGCAGCAAUUGAGGACCUACACGGUGUGGAACAACAACAACCCCAAGUGGGAGACCCGGCUGGACUUCGGGGAUGUGGUCGUGGCCCCAGCACAGCCUCUGAAGGUGCAGGUUUGGGAUGCAGACAACGGCUGGGAUGAUGACCUCCUCGGCUCUUGUGAGCGGUCCCUGACAUCUGGCUCACACACGGAGGUGUGCCACAUGAACCAUGGGGACCUGACAUUCCGCUACUAUGUCAAGUGUCUGCACCACCUGACUGGGGCCACCUGCAUGCAAUAUGCCCCACAAGGGCUUAUGGGACAGCCUCCAGGGAACCGGAGUGGGGCUGUUUGGUAACUGCAUGGGUUCUGGGAGGGCCAGAGAGCUCCAACAGAGUGUCCACUGUGGGAGCCAGGGCCGGUCCUCAUGUUCCCACCCCGGUGGCAAACAGUACUGGGGGUUGAAUGCAGGGCUUCAUCCAUGCAAAACACACAUUCUACUGCUGAGAUGCACCCCAAGCUCUUAUUUUAUUUUGAAACAGGGUCUCGCUAAAUUGUCCAAGGCUGGCCUUGAGCCUGUGAUCCUCUUGCCUCGGCCUCUGAGUAGGUAGUGUCGUAGGAGUCACGGCUACACUCAACAGACUUCUCGUGAGGUGGCUGAGUUGACGGGCCAACCCUGAAUCUCUGCCUCCAAACUGCCUCAGCGCUCCUCCAUUUUCCAACCCGAUAAUCCCUGCGAAGAGGACUACAGCUCCAGCCGGAGGUCCGGCCCUGGCUGCUGGAGCGCAUCCGUAAGGCCCUUCUCUCUUGCAGCCCUUUCUUUGCUGCAACCCUGUCUGGCCAGAAUUUUCUCAUUGUAUUAGCGCUGACUCCUCCCACCCUGGUUGCUCUGUCUGCUGUCUCCCAUGUGGCCUUUCAGAGAAGUCAAGGACUGUCCUGACCUGUGUCACUGUGGACACAGCUUGAGAGAAGGCCAGUAAAUAUGUGAUAAGCGUGAUAGCAAUGGUGGUGUUGUGGCAGAGGAAAGGACAGGGACCAAACACACUGCUGGAGACAAACUUCUGUAUCAGCAACCCAGGCAAAGCA